AUUGGAGUGUUCAAUGGGCGGCUAAACCUCAAAACCCCCAAAACCCUCUUGCUUGAUAUCCAAGUAUAAUAUUGGGAUUUAUAUGGCCGUUCUGAUUGUUUGAAAUCACACAUCUUUCAUAAAUUUUAGUUUUUUUUUCUUCUUCCUCCAAUCAAAAGAUGGCUUCUUCACAUCCUGAUGCUGAAUCUGACAACGGUUCUUCGGUUUCAAAAGAGCCAGAUAAGCCUCAAUAUGAGGCAUUUAGAAUGCCCACAACGGAGGAGAUUCGCGCGCAAGAAGUUUGGAAUAACUGUGCUGUUCGUAGUGUUGUCAGUGGAGUCAUGGGGGGUGGUCUGGGGUUUGCCAUGGGUAUCUUUUUAGGUGCACUAGAUAAUCCAAUAAUGCAAGAAGAAAUGACUGGUAGGCAGCAAUUUAUGUACACUAUGAGGCAAAUGGGGCAAAGAAGCUGGAGUUCAGCCAAAACAUUUGCAGUCAUGGGCUUGGUUUUCUCUGCUGCUGAGUGUGUUAUUGAGAAGGCACGGGCAAAACACGACACCACCAAUACGGUUGUUGCGGGGUGUGUGACUGGAGGUACAAUGUCGGCAAAAGGUGGGCCAAAAGCUGCAUGUGUCGGUUGUGCUGGUUUCGCCGCAUUUUCGGUUGUGAUAGAGAAGUUUUUAGAUAGACAUACUUGAGUGGAUGAUGUACUAUGUACCAUUUUUGCAAAGCAUCCAUUUAUCCAGGCUUUGGAGAUUAUUAGCGAUUGCUAGCAUGCGAGAUUUACAGUUUCCCUUUUGUUAUCUACAAACCUCAUUUUAAUACCAUCCCUCGUAAUAAUGAAGGGAUGUAUCAUUGAAACCAUAGUUUAUUAUUGCUCUUGUACCAUUACCAUUCUUUAUCCAUUACAGUUUCAGUAGUCAA